CGGAGCUAGCUAGAGCGAAUGGCCUGGCGGACCAGGAGCCGGGUCUCUCCUUGCACCAGCUCGCUGCCAGGCUGGGGAACGCGGCGCCGCCGGAAGCGGUGUUUGAGAAGACCAGACAGGAAGUCAGGAAGAACUUGCGAAUGUUGGAGAGAGGGGAAGGGCCUACUUCCGCUUUCAGUGCAGCUACAGAGGACGAACAACAGGGCUCGGAAAUACAACGUGAAGGAACAAAUACUGCGACAAAAGCAGAUGCCUUUCUCACCACCGCGGAGUUGACCGGUAUGAUUCACACGACGCAACGGAACUUGCGUAUUCACCGGCCGAAUUGCCUCGCUUGCGCCGUGC